UAAAGGAUGUUAUUGGAAGAAAGAUAAAAAUUGCAGUGAAGAAGAAAGUAAAGUUGGAAGUCAAAGGAGACAAAGUUGAAAACAAAGUCCUGGUGCUCACAUCAUGCCGAGCCUUCCUUGUCACAGCGCGAAUCCCCACCAAGCUCGAGGUAACCUUCAGCUACUUGGAGAUUCAUGGUGUUACCUGCCGCAAGCCAGCUCAAAUGGUUGUGGAAACUGAGAAGUGCAGCCUCUCCAUCAAGAUGACAUCGCCCGAGGACGUGACUGAAGUGCUGGCUCACAUUGGCACCUGCCUGCGCAAGAUAUUUCCUGGCCUCUCUCCAGUGAGAAUCAUGAGAAAGAUUUCCAUGGAGCCAUCUGAGCGACUGGCCAGUCUCCAGGCUCUGUGGGACAGCCAGACCGUGGCCGAGCAGGGUCCAUGUGGUGGAUUUUCUCAGAUGUAUGCCUGUGUCUGUGACUGGCUCGGAUUUUCGUACAGGGAAGAAGUACAAUGGGAUGUGGAUACAAUCUAUCUGACUCAAGACACCAGGGAAUUGAAUUUGCAAGACUUCAGUCAUCUUGACCACAGGGACCUAAUACCUAUCAUUGCUGCUCUGGAGUACAAUCAGUGGUUCACAAAGCUGUCCUCCAAGGAUCUAAAACUGUCCACUGAUGUCUGUGAACAGAUUUUGAGGGUGGUGAGUAGAUCCAGUCGACUGGAGGAAUUGGUGUUGGAAAAUGCUGGGCUUAGAACAGAUUUUGCACAAAAGCUGGCUAGCGCUCUAGCGCAUAAUCCCAACUCAGGACUCCACACGAUUAACCUUGCUGGCAAUCCACUGGAGGAUAGAGGUGUGUCCUGUUUGAGUGUUCAGUUUGCCAAACUCCCCAAGGGACUCAAGCAUUUAAAUUUAUCUAAAACCUCAUUAUCACCUAAAGGGGUGAAUAGUCUUUCUCAGUCACUCAGUGCCAACCCUUUGACCGCCACCACCCUCAUCCACCUAGACCUCUCAGGGAACAUCCUUCGCGGAGAUGACCUCUCGUACAUGUACAGUUUUUUGGCCCAGCCAAAUGCUAUUGCUCAUCUGGAUUUAUCCAAUACAGAGUGCCCCCUGGACAUGGUGUGUGGUGCUCUUCUCCGUGGGUGCCUUCAACAUUUGGCUGUGCUCAAUGUCUCCAGAACUGUCUUUUCUCACAGAAAAGGAAAAGACGUGCCCCCUUCGUUCAAACAGUUUUUUAGUAGUUCCCUGGCUCUGAUGCAAAUCAACCUUUCAGGCACAAAACUGUCUCCGGAGCCCUUAAAAGCACUCUUAUUGGGGCUGGCUUGUAAUCAUAACUUGAAGGGGGUGUCUCUUGAUCUCAGCAACUGUGAGCUGAGAUCAGGAGGUGCACAGGUAUUAGAAGGCUGCAUUGCUGAAAUCCACAACAUCACCAGCUUAGACAUCUCUGACAAUGGUUUAGAAUCGGACCUCUCGACCUUAAUAGUGUGGCUCAGUAAAAACAGAUCAAUACAACACCUGGCAUUAGGCAAAAAUUUUAAUAAUAUGAAAGCCAAAAAUCUGACCCCUGUUUUGGACAACUUGGUGCAGAUGAUUCAAGAUGAAGAAUCACCACUACAGUCACUGUCCCUGGCAGACUCGAAGCUCAAGACCGAGGUCACCAUCAUAAUUAAUGCCCUGGGAAGCAACACUUCCCUCACCAAAGUGGACAUCAGUGGAAACGCAAUGGGGGAUAUGGGAGCAAAGAUGCUGGCGAAAGCGCUGCAGAUCAACACCAAGCUGAGGACUGUAAUUUGGGACAAGAACAAUAUCACUGCUCAAGGCUUUCAAGAUAUAGCUGUUGCUAUGGAAAAGAACUACACAUUGAGAUUUAUGCCAAUUCCUAUGUAUGAUGCUUCUCAAGCCCUCAAAACAAACCCUGAAAAAACAGAAGAGGCUUUGCAAAAGAUAGAAAAUUAUCUUCUGCGGAAUCAUGAGACCAGAAAAUACCUUCAAGAGCAAGCCUACCGCCUUCAGCAGGGCAUUGUUACCAGCACCACACAGCAGAUGGUUGACAGAAUUUGUGUGAAAGUACAAGACCACCUUAACUCUUUACGAAAUUAUGGUGGAGAUGCUGUUCAGGAAGAUUUAAAAUCGGCAGAAAGACUUGUGCGUGAUGCUAAGAACUCCAGAACGCUGUUACCAAAUUUAUACCAUGUUGGUGGCGCAUCUUGGACAGGAGCCAGUGACUUGUCAUCCAGUCCAAUUCAGGAAACUCUGGAGUCAAUGGCUGGAGAAGUGACAAGAGUUGUAGAUGAACAGCUAAAGGCAUUGCUUGAGUCCAUGGUUGAUGCUGCUGAGAACCUUUGUCCCAGUGUGAUGAAAAAAGCCCACAUCCGACAAGACCUGAUCCAUGCCAGCACCGAAAAGAUUUCCAUUCCACGCACCUUUGUUAAAAAUGUCCUGUUGGAGCAGUCUGGGAUUGAUAUCCUUAACAAAAUUAGUGAGGUGAAGCUGACUGUGGCAUCCUUCUUAUCUGACCGAAUUGUGGAUGAAAUCCUGGAUGCGCUCUCAAAUUCCCAUCAGAAGCUGGCUGACCACUUCACCAGGCGCGGCAAGACCCUUCCUCAGCAAGAGUCCUUAGAGAUAGAGUUAGUCGAGGAGAAGACGGUGAAACACUCCCUCAUCACAGUGGAGGAGCUAACAGAGAUUGACCGUUUGGAAGACCUGGAUACUUGUAUGAUGACACCUAAAUCCAAAAGGAAAAGUAUCCACAGUCGAAUGCUGCGGCCUGUUUCCAGAGCGUUUGAAAUGGAGUUUGAUCUGGAUAAAGCUCUGGAAGAAGUGCCAAUCCACAUUGAAGACCCACCCUUCCCGUCCAUCAGACAAGAGAAGCGGAGCUCAGGGUUCAUCUUAGAGCUGCCCUCAGAAGAAGGGAAGAAGCUGGAGCACUUUACCAAGCUAAGGCCCAAACGGAAUAAGAAGCAGCAACCCACCCAAGCGGCGGUCUGUGCUGCCAACAGUGUCCCGCAAGAUGGGGAGCAGAAUGGUCUGAUAGGGAGAGUUGAUGAAGGUGUAGAUGAAUUUUUCACCAAGAAGGUGACCAAAAUGGAUUCUAAGAGAUCGUCAGCAAGAGGAUCAGAAUCCCACGAGCUUAGUGAAGGAGGGGAUGAAAAGAAAAAGCGAGAUUCUCGGAAAAGUGGCUUUCUCAAUUUAAUCAAAUCUAGAUCUAAGUCUGACCGGCCACCAACUGUCCUGAUGAGUGAAGAGCCCUCAUCACCAAAAGGAGGAGGCAAAGGUCCAGCUACAGAUACACCCAAGAAGGACACAAAGCCAGCUGAACACAAUGGCAAUUCUGAACGGGUAGAGGAGAUCAAAACACCCGACUCCCUUGAAGAGAGUCAAGGAGAAGAAAUGGGGAAGGUGGACCGGAGUGACAGUAAGAGCAGCCCCCAGGGAGGGCGAAGGUACGGGAUCCAGAUGAUGGGCAGUGUUCUGCUGGCGGAGAUGAAAGCCAAGCAGGAGAGGAGAGCUGCUUGUGCACAAAAGAAGCUUGGGAACGACACCAUCUCUCCAGAUUCUUCUGGCAUGUCCUUGAGCAGCGUAGAACGAGUGGAUGGAAGUGGAGCUGUGCCGAAACUGCUCCCAGAUAACCGCUUUGGUUUGUCGACACCAGAGAGGAACGCCAAAACAGAACCCAAAGUAGAUGUGGGCUCCAAGCCGCGAAGCUCUUCCAACACACCAGCCAGCCCAAAGCCCCUCCUUCAGUCCCCCAAGCCCAGCCUGGCAGCCCGGCCAAGCAUUCCACAGAAGCCAAGGACUGCCUCGAGGCCAGAGGACAUCCCAGACUCUCCAUCUGGUCCUAGUUCCCCUAAAGUCGCUCUUCUUCCACCCAUCUUGAAAAAAGUUCCUUCAGACAAAGAGCGAGAUGGCCAGGGCAGCCCUCAGCCCAGUCCUAGGACAUUUUCCCACGAAGUGUCAAGGAGAAGCUGGGGUCCGCAGCCCCAUGAGUAUCCAGAACAAAAGCAACGGCCUGUCAGCAAAGAUGGCCGUCAAGGCAGCAAGUCUAGUGACUCUGGAGAAGAAGCAGAAAGAGAGUUUAUUUUUGUGUAA